GCCGUGUUAGCCAGAGAACGCCAUCUUAAACAGACAGGGGUGUUUAAAACAGGCAGAAAACAGGAGAACCGAAGGGAAACCGGAAGGAAACCGGCACUUCGUGUUCGCGUUUCAGGCUCUCGACUCGCUCUGGAGUACUUUUAUUCAUGGCUGCGGGCGUUUAGAGCAGAAAGUGGGACCUCGGAGCGGAGGAAAUCAGGCGAAGACUCUAGUUAGCCUUUAGCUGGCUAGCACGGAGGAGGGGCGGGGACUCGAGGACUAUUUUUUUUUCUGAAGUUAUUUUUGUUUAUGUUUAUCCACUCAGACAUGUCGGCUUCAAAUUCAGACAUGCCUGACCCAACUCUGGGUUUGGGGGCCAGUGGGACCCAAGCAGGCGGAGGGCCAUCGGGGCCAAAAGGGACCAACAAGAGACGAGCUCCGCCAGACUUUGAUGAUGACGAAGGAAGCAAGUUUUUCAGGUGUGACGACGACACCGGAGGCUCCAACAAUGAUAAGGAACGAUUUGCCAGGUUUUUGGAAGAAGAUCAGAGUUUUGCAGAUAAGGAAAAGCUAGCCAGGGAGAACCACAGCGAGAUCGAGCGGCGGCGGCGGAACAAGAUGACCGCCUACAUCACGGAGCUGUCCGACAUGGUGCCCACAUGCAGCGCGUUGGCACGGAAACCCGACAAGCUGACCAUCCUGCGAAUGGCCGUGUCCCACAUGAAGUCUCUGAGAGGAGGCGGCGUCUCCAACGCUGACGGCUCAUACAAACCCUCGUUUCUCACCGAUAAGGAACUGAAGCAUCUCAUCCUGGAGGCGGCCGACGGCUUCCUGUUCGUGGUGUCCUGUGAAACCGGUCGCAUCGUCUACGUCUCCGACUCGCUGACACCCGUCCUCAACCAGUCUCAGUCCGAGUGGCUCGGAUCGUCCCUCUACGACCAGCUGCACCCGGACGACACGGAGAAGCUGACGGAGCAGCUGUCCACAGCAGAGAACAACAACACAGGUCGGGUUCUGGACCUGAAGACGGGAACGGUGAAGAAGGAGAGCCAGCAGUCGUCAGCCAGGAUGAGUAUGGGAGCGCGUCGGUCGUUCAUCUGCAGAAUGAGGUGUGGAACGUGUCCGGUGGAACCGAUGUCCAUGAACAGACUCAACUUUCUACGGAACAGGAAUAGGAAUGGUUUGGGAACAGCUAAGGAGGGAGAGCCUCAGUACGUGGUGGUCCACUGCACCGGAUACAUCAAGUCAUGGCCUCCUGCAGGAGUUUCUCUAACAGACGAUGAAGCAGACAACACUCAGGGGAGUCGCUACUGUCUGGUCGCCAUCGGGAGAUUACAGGUUACUUGUUGCCCCGGCGACACAGACCUGAACAGCAUCAGUGUUCCCGUGGAGUUCAUCUCCCGCCAUAACUGCCACGGUGUGUUCACCUUCGUAGACCACCGCUGCAUGGCCGCCGUCAGCUACCAGCCACAGGAAUUACUGGGGAAGAAUAUUCUAGAGUUCGCCCAUCCUGAAGACCAGGGGUUACUGAGAGACAGCUUCCAGCAGGUGGUAAAGCUGAAGGGCCAGGUCCUGUCGGUGAUGUUCCGCUUCCGCUCCAAGUCCAGGGAGUGGAUCUGGAUGAGGACCAGCUCCUUCACCUUCCAGAACCCGUUUUCAGAGGAGAUCGAGUACAUCAUCUGCACCAACGUCAAUGUGAAUAGAAACUCCACCCAGGACCCCCUCACCCCCAUCUCCUCCCCAGGGGCUCCGAUGCCCCCAGUACUGGGUCAGAGCAGCCCGGGGCAGAUCCCCACCAGACAAUUGCAACAGCAGCAGCAGCAGGCAGACCUGGGAGGGGGCGGAGCCAGAGACAACAUGUACGAGGCCGGACCAAUCACACUCUCUCAGAUGCCAGUCCAGCCGGUGAUGGCGGCCGGACCGGACCACAGCAAAAGCAUGGAGAAGCCAGAACUGUACCAGUCCCUGUUCCAAGGCCCAGAUCAGACCAAGGGCAUCCCCUCCACUUCCACUCCAUCCACCCAGAUCUACGCCUCGGCCAACAACUUCACCGCCGACCGCUCCAACGACACGUACAGGCCGGUCAGUAUGACUCCACAGAUGCCUCAACCAGCCCACUCAGCAGGACAGAUGUUGGCCCAGAUGUCUCGUCAGAAUGGGCCUCCACAGUCGGUUCCCCCCUCUAGCACCAGCAGCCCCCUGCAUGGAGGCCCGGCUGGAGGAUGGACCAGUGCUGGAGCUGGAGCCAGACCUCAGUUUAAUAACCAGCAGGUGGCGCCUCAGGCAGCAAAGACCAUGUCUCCACCGUUUCCUCAGAUGGGCGGGUUCGGAGGCGGCUCUUCCAACACGUUUGGCCAGAUGCCGACAGGUGCUGCUCCCACCCAGAGCAAUGCUGGAAACUACCCCCAGAUGAACUCUCGGCCCAGCAUCAACACCAACGGUUACGAAGGUUCCCAGUCCGGAGCCCAGUUCCCGUCUCGAGCGGUGGAGGCGGUUUGGCCUCAGUGGCAGGGCCAGCAGCAUUCCCAAAGCAGCGCCGAGCAGCAUCCUCAUGCCCAGGGAAACCAGCAGGACAUGUUCCCUGACGUCCUGUCCAUGCUGGACCAGCCGGCCAACUUCAACAGUGACGACUUUGAGAUCCCCAUAUACCCUCCCUUCAACGAGUGACCCAUCGGCUGAUCUCCUCACCUUCAGCUCUUCUUCUGCUCUUCCUGCUCUCCUCAGCAGCUCCUCCUUUGCUUUGCAUGGCUCGUGUUGCUCAGCAGCUACAGAUGGAGGAUCCAGGAGGAAAACCCAGUGUUUGGUACUGACUAGAAGAUCCAUUAUCUGGACAGUAUUCCUAAAUCCAGCCCUGUAGCUACCAACUAGUAGAUAGCCGCUAGCAGAUUGCUGCUAUCUGCUAGCGGCUAUCUGCUAGCAGAUAGCUGCUAGCACCACCCAAAGCUCCACAGCCUCCUGCUGUAGAUAUAUACAGUAAAUAUAUAAAAUAUAUCAAAGAUGCACAAUCACACUGAAUAGAUCGCACAAAAACACACACACACAGACACACACACACGCAAACAAAGGCCUUUUGUUCAUUUUUUUCUCAGGCAUUGACUCAGAGUGUUGCAGUUCAACCCUUUAGAGAGAGAUCACCUGGUGGUUGGAUUCAGGUCUGGAUCUACGGGGGUUCAGGUCUAGUUUUAUCCACCAGGGUUUCUGUUCGAACUUAUUUUCUUCUUCAUCUGUGAACGAUGUAUUUGAUGUUACAACGGCAACCUACUGUUAACCAGCUGGAGAUGGAGACGAUCCGUUUCUGCUCCAUACAGACAGGAUGUUCUACCACCGUCGGAACGUUUAGGGUCACCUAGAAAGAAAGAAUCAGAGCUUUCUAAACAGCUUUCAGCACAUUCUGGACAGAUGUUGGAUCGUUCAUCAGGAGAAUUUUAGUUCCAGAGCAGUUUAGACAGUAUUUAGCUGAUUCUAGACACAAUUCAAGACAUUUAGGGCCAUUUUGAGUCCAUUUACAGAACUUUAAAAGCAUUUUAAACAGCUUUAAACUCAUUUUAGGCAAGAUUCAAGUCAUUUCAGACAGUUUUUGACUACUUUUGGACAAGUUUCAGGUCAUUUUGAAACAAUUUUGGAUUAUGUCGGGUGCUUUUUGACUCCUUUUUGACAGUUUUUUGAGCGUUACUACAUAGUUAAUGUGGUAAAUGAUGGCUGAUUUUGAAUGGAAUAUCUCCAUAGGGGUACAGAGGAACAUUACCUGUGUUCUAAGGCUACAUGCUGUUAGUUCAUGUCCAGUUCUGUUAGCACAUGAAUAAAAGUGUGAGUUUGUGUCUGGGUGACCCUAAGCUGUUGGAACGGUGGUGUAUAUUUAUAUAUAAAUAUAUAUUAAUAUAUAUAUAUUUAUAUAAUGGAAGCAGACGGAUGUUCUGGGUUUAUUCUCUCCUUCGUAACCCUGGAAGACUUUUUGUACUCGUUUUGUAAAAGAAGCAAUAACUACCAGGCAGGAAUUGUGUUCUUCUGAAGCCAUUCUUUAUAAAUGUACUCCUUGAUUCUUGUUAUUAUAAAAUGUUUGGAUUGAAAGUAUUUUAUUGUUUUCUAAUCUCUCCUCUGAUUGGUUGAACGGUUUGAUCAGGGUAUGCAGGAUUACAACAGCAGCGCUUAGAAAGUCCAAAAAGUUCUGUUUGUUUUCAGCAUUACCCCUCUGAUUUGUGAGAGUUUUGGACGAGGACUGAGCCUUUCCCAUGAUGGAAGAACGUCGUGGGUUCAGGAUGGAGCUUCAGAAGUUUAAUUAAUGUGUGAAUCUGACUUUUGUAUGUAAACCUGUAGAUAAUCGUCCAGUUCUCCACCACGUCGUCCCAAUGCUCUGCAUCCACGUUUUUGUUUUUUCACUCAUAGAAACACAAAUAUAUAAAUAUACUGUAUAUGAAAUUUUAAUCCAGAGAAAGAAAUGUUUGGUUUUUGUAUUAAAUUGUUAUAUUGUCAGAAACAAA